AUGAACCCGGUUCUCUCGAGGCACUCGGCACACAUGUACCUCUGUUUGCUACCCGUGCAGCGUUGCACGCAAUGGUGGUGCAAAUGGGAAGUCCUGGAUGCCCCAGGUGCUGCUGCAUGGCAUCUACGAUCCCCGCCAGUCGUUGCGCCAGCUCCGUCUCUUGACAACGCCGUCGGUGUCGGUGUGUCUUGGAGCAUCUCGACGCUGGGGCAUCUCGACGCUGGAGCUCUCGCUUCGCUGCGCGGUCUCACGGCCACGCUCGCCGGCCGGCACCGCAGAAGCUCUACCAUGGUCCUCGUUGACGACGAGAACUGCAGUAUCCCUGGCCCAGGGCCCCGCGGCAAGUCAAGCACCCCCCCGAGCGAGCAGAAGGAUGGGCCGUCUCAGGCCGUGGGCAAGACAACGGCAACGGCGCAGCAGCCUCCAACGCCAUCGAUCGCCCUCGACCCGGCAAUCCGCACCGCCCUGACAGACUCCAGCUGCGCCUGGGCCCUGACCAUCCUGCACGACGCCAAGCGUCCUGCGUCGUACUAUUCCUCGAGCAACAUCGAGCGCCAGAAGAGUGUUUUGUUCCGCAGUGACGGCUGGCAGCGUAUUCAGCGUGCCGCCGCCGCUCGCCAACAAGCCCCCCAGGCUGCACCUCCAAGCCCGCUGCCCGAAACUGCUCCUGCUUCCGGCAGUGUCGACGACGAGCCUUCAACGAAGAGAGCUCUUUACCGUUCCUCGAUACCUCGGCCUCACCGCGACAACGGCAAUCUCGAUGUAACGCCCCGCAAACGGCGGCACUCUGCCCACAGCCUCUCCGCUGAGUCUAGCAUCGACAUGUCUGCUCCGGCCACCCCAGCUGCUCCAAGACAACGAGCCUUGCCUCACACAGGCGACUUCACCUUCCAGAUCAGCGACUCCGAAUGCGUCAAGUGGGCCCUCCAGAGGCUGCUCGACCAACUUCAGCAGAUUAGUCUGAAGGCGCUUGAAACCGAGUGGAUCAAGGUGGCAGAGCCAAAGAAGCAGUCAAACUUCCCGUACAGUAGGAAGACGCCUAAAGGAGGCCGCAAGAGGACUAAGGAUGGUCCACGGAUUCCCAAAUGGUGGCCGAUUGAAGAGUCUGAGUACAUUGAGCCGCACCAUAACAACAAGGCCGGCCGGACUGCGGUUGCGGUUGCGUUAUUGCGUCUCAGAGACCGUGGUAGCGGUUGGGUGGAUAAACUUGAGGCUGAGUCUAGACGUGUCUCGCUGUACUUUUGCUCCAACAAGUGUGAUGCUAAUGAGCUUGAGCGUGAACAACGAAGAAAGGACGUUCUCUCCUGCAUAUUUCUAAUUGCCAGAUACGAGGAGGAUUAUCACUUUGGAUGCAUUGACGCAGAUUUUGAGGUCACAGCCCCCGACAUACCUUCUGUGAGCAAGAAGAAUGUCAGGAAGAAGGCGCGCACCUACAAAUCGUUCCAAGUGUCAGCAAGGGACAGUCGUGCCACUUCAAUGGCAAGCCCUAGCACUGGGAGCAGUCCUUCUAACCUCGUCUCACCCGCCAGAAAUUUGACCCUCUGCGAUAACUCGAGCCUUGGGAUUCGAUCUCCCCACCAGCCUGCAGAGUCACCAAGACGCUUCCUCGGCGCAAUGCCCACUAUGAUAAGUCAGAGUGGACACACCCUAGAAACAUUGCCAACAAGAACGCUACCACAUGGAAAUGGUCAUCAUCAGUCUUUCCGGGACCAAUCAUUUCAUGGUGCCACAACGACUGGCCUUCCAGACCUCGAGGCGUCGCAUAUGCGAGCUCGCCACUCGUAUGAUUACAAUGCUAAACCCUCCGUAAGCCCAUACGACGAAUUGGGCAUCAAUUACGAAAUGCCCCGUAAUCAGCAAUACGAGAUCCCGCAGUCGCCUGCACCCUUCACCGGCUGGCAGACCAACCCAAAUUUGCAGCCGACAUAUAGCGUGUCCACAUCGUUUCCACCCCGGCAUAACUCCUUAAAUGGCGAUUAUCAAGUUACUGAGUCAAUCUUUCCUGGCAGGAGUAACUUCUCAUUUCAAGCGCCGGACGUGAUGACAAGUACUACCUCCUAUCAGGGCCCUGUCACAGCAGCGAGCCCAAUGUCGAUGGCACCACCGAUGACUAGGAGCUAUAGCCAGGCAGGAGCGAACGAGUUUCAGACGGCAAACACCCCGUUGCCGCUCAGCGUAUCGAGCCCGUUUCAAGAGGGAAAUUAUCGCGAGAAUUCGGGAGCUGGCCUCCAGUCUUAUCCAAUGAAUGGGCACAAUCAAUACCAAUAG